CUCUGAGAAACAUCACUCCAUCUCUCUCACUCCACAGGAGCUGAGCAAGGAGCAGGACGAUGUUUGACAACACGCAGUACCCCUAUAACUGCUUCAAUUAUGAUGGGGAUGAUUAUCCUACCUGUAGUUCUGACGAGGAGAAAAAAUUCACCAGACCAGCGUACAGCUACAUUGCCUUAAUUGCAAUGGCCAUCCAGCAAAGCCCUUCAAAUAAAGUCACCCUCUCUGGCAUUUAUGACUUUAUAAUGAAGAAAUUUCCUUACUACAGAUCAAAUCAAAGAGCCUGGCAGAACUCCAUCCGACAUAACUUAUCGCUUAACAGUUGUUUUGUGAAGGUUCCCAGAACAGAAGGGAAUGAGAAGGGGAAAGGAAACUAUUGGAGUUUUGCAACGGGAUGCGAAUCCAUGCUGGAUCUCUUUGAAAAUGGGAAUUACAGGAGAAGACGGAGGAGGAGGAACGUGAAGAGGGAACAUAAGGAGCAGAGACCAAGCAGAGUGAAAAGUCCUUCAUCCCCCAAUAUCUCCUCUGUGGACUCUGCUUUGAACAACAUUUCCUCUUCUGAAAGUAAACAUGAAAGGAUUGAACCGGGCCCAAAACUUCUGGAGCCUUGUGGGUUUGCUCCAAACAGCAUGACCAACAGGCAGAGCCUAAGCAAUUCCUCCUUAGCAAAAUCGGAUUCUGAAAUCAAAUUCAGCAUCGAUUACAUCCUUUCAGCCCCUGACCCUUUGCCUGUCCUCAGAUCUCAAUAUAACAUGCAAGAAAAUAAAUAUCACCUACUGGAGGCCCCGCAUAUUAAUCUCCAGUUCUGGACAAUGUGAUGUUAUUUAUUUGUGGUAACAAAGUCUGAGUCUCAGUGUGUUCAGCAGCCUCAUGUCACUGAAAAUCAGCUGCCUGCCUCCUCGUUCUCCUCCCAAGCAGUGCUCAGAAAGGGUUACAGACUCACCAGCUGAUGCUCUGUCUGUACCCAAAGAACUUUGCUAAGAUUAAAGCAUAAAUAACAGUUACCAAUAUCGGUUUUCACCAUGCUGAAAUUUAUGAAAUUCUAGCUUUAUUUUCUAAACUGUCUUGGAUGUCAUUUAGCACCACAAAGAAUUUCCUUCCUCAAGCAGAAUCUGACAGAGAAGAGACUUUCUUAUCAUCCACUGCUUUAUUAAAGACAAAGUGAAUUUGAUCCCACUUUCAGUGGUGGAAAUUAGGAUUAACUCCACUGGGGUAUAUAGGUCAGAACUUAAGCUGAUCUAAAACAGUGUAAUUCUGUCGACUUAUACUGGCUGGGAAUGUAGGGGGGUGGAGGGCUGGAAAUUUGUUUCUUAAAAAGAAUUAUAGAAAAUCAUCCUGUCUUCCCUUAUAUUUUAUUUUAACAUCCUGUUUCAAACUGCUUUGCAGCUUUAAUUCAUUGUUCAUUAGGAAACACAGCUGUUGAUAAAGUAUGUCAAGUAUAUUUUUGUUUAUAUUCGGGGCAGAAUUGUUUAAAUUGUUGAAGUGAAGUUGUAUUCAAAAUAAUUCCAAUAGACAGAAUUGCAAGGGUGCUGAACUCUGGUAGACUUUGAUAGGUAAUGUGACAGUCAAAGAGUCUCUUAAUGCCUUGGUUAAUGAAAACCCCAGCACUUCCUCCCCUGUACUAUCAGAAAUCUUCCUGAGAUGCUGCAGAAAAGUCCUUGACCAUAUUUCAUUUAACAAGUGUGAAGGGAAGCCCAGCACUGCAAAAAGCUCUGUUGAGUGUUGAGCAAAGCUUAAAUUCCACCUACCUGCUCCUAGACAAGCUGUAUAUUCCCAUUAAAUAGAUUUUUAUUGAUCCUUCUUGCAAGCAAUUACCAAAGUGGUGCUUGAUAUGAUUUCAGCUAAACUGGUGAGAUUUAUAAUUUCCAGAUAUCAGUGUUAGCUCAUGAGCUCCAUUUCUGAGAAAGCCACUUCAUUACCAUUUACAUGCAGUGAGAGAUUUUGGAACAGAACCUGAUGGACAAUGAUGAGCUGUAAUGAGCUUUUAAGAAGUUGCUUUUAUACAACUUGUUCACAAUGAAUUGCUUCCCAGAACAUAAACAGUGGUAGCAAAGGCUCCACACAAUCCUGGCUUUGACUUGGAUACUACAGGCUUCACCUACUGCAGAAAAAAGGAAAAAGGACAAGAAUUCUGAUGGUUUUAAGCAAUUAAAUGCAGAGAUAAAAUUAUCUUUGCAAGAGGAACUAAAAGUAAAUGAAGGUAUAUGAGAUAAGAUUCAGCAUAGAGGUAUGCUCAGGCAUGACUUGAAUUUUUAUGCAGAAGCUUUGACAUUUCACUAAGUUAUUUUACAUUGUGUCUAAUAUAUACUGUACAUUUAUACUAUAUAUUCUUAUAUAUUGUUAUUGAGAAAGGGAGCAAUAUCACUGCACUUAUAUGUUGUAAAAAUGCAUGAUGUAUGUUGUCAUGACGCUGAAACUCCUGCCAUAUACUUAAAAUUUACCUUCAGUGGUAUUUCACACUGAUUGGUAAUAAAUGCCCAUUUUUUGGAAAACGAUAAAACUUGUUAUCUUCAGGCAUUUCUACAGCAUGCAAAAGUCUUUGCUUCUUCUUCAGAAAAGAGAAAAUGGAAAAUCAUGUCAACUACAUCACUGCAUGUCUUCCAAACUUUGAAGGGAUGAUUUCUUGAGACCAAAUUCUGCCUUCAAAUGGGAGCUUUCGACUCUCUGUGAAUCAACAGUUACUCUGGGUGAAAAUCUGAAAGCAAAAUUUGGCUCUUUAGACCUGAUUGGUCUACUGUUUACACAAUAUUAGAGAAAGAAGAAAACCUCUGGGGGGGCUGGACAGGUGGAUUCUCAUGUGAAGAGGGACGAGAAUUUGCUCCUUUAGUGUUUAUGCUCAGUAGUAAUUAGGUGUGGGAAGAGCAUGUCCUCAUUUAGUGCUUCAGUGUUUGCAUGCACUCAUUGUGGGUGGGUACCUGUGCACCUCUGGGGUCCUGCCUACAGAUAAAUAUUUGUGUUUUCUAAGCAGAUUCUUUUUCCUGGUUGUUUUAAACACGGCAAUGCUGCUGUUGGGCUGAUAGUGAUGGUACACACCUGCAGUAUAUUUGAAAUACAUAUUUUCUGCUGUGAAACAUGCAAAUAUGAUUGUUACUAUGUGUUCUUGGUUGAUGCUGUUAACAAGAGAUAAUUCAGUGACAGCAAAAGUUCCUCCUGAGCAACACCUGGGUAAGGUGAACACUGUGGGCUGCUGAGACCAGUGGAGAUACAGUUUAUGGCUACUAAUCAAUGUAGAAUUAAUGCAUUAGGAAAGGCAAAAAUACACCCAAGUGGAUUUACAGCAGGGAUCCAAAGCCAUUUUCUGUAAGAUGAAUUAAUAUUCACAAAUAGCCACGUCCUUUGCUCACAGUAAAGUGCCUGCUAGGAGAGACUGUCAUACUUUAGUUUCCCUAACAUAUAAUCAAAGAAAUUUGUGUACAAAUAGGUGUUAACAUUUGUUUUGCAAAGGAUAUCAAUCAUAUUCCGAAAAAUGAAGGGACAUAUUUCAAUUUACCCAGUAUAUUAUAUUCUGAGGACUCCAGAAAGGUUUCCAGCAGUUAAAGUGAAUGGCAUUUAAUAUAGAACAACAUAACAGGGGUGAGGGCUAGACGUGACCUUAUUCAAAUGUCGUAGCCAUUACAAAGCCAUUCCCAAUGUAAUUAUAAUUAAAUACUUUAUGCCUUUCUUGCAAAUCCUCUGAUCGAUCAUUGAUAUUAACAUUAAUAUUGUAUUACCCCCGAGCAAAUGUCUCCCACACAAGUGUUAUGGAUCACCAGGUUUCCAUUAACAAAGUUGUGAGCUAUUGCCGUGUGCCGGUCGUGGAUAAAUUUACGUAAAUUACUUUUUCUCAGGGAAGGGGGGAAAAAAAAGUCCAGGUUUCUUUCUUCUCUGAAUCCACAGCAUUUCUUCAGCUCCAUCAAAGCCUGCCAGGCACUUGUAUAAAGAAAGGAAAUAAAAUCUCACAGGAGCAUCCCUCUUUGCCUGUGUCGAGGCAGGUGAAUAUUCCCCUGUUUGGUGCUGGGGUUCAAAGCUGAGCUGAAGCCAGGGAUAAGCAGUGCAGUGCAAGGCUCUGCAUCCUCCAAGACUGUCAAUGGGCUGGGCAGGCUGGGAGAAGGUGUUUGGCUCAAUUCCCCAUCUCAUGGCACCUUUGUGACUGCAGAGAGAGGCCCAGAAUGAGCCAUGGAUAUCCUCAGCCCAGCAGAGGAGCCUCACGUGGGGGCUGACACUGUCCCCAGGCUGGGGUGAGGGACAGCAGCUCCUGCCUGCUGGGCUGGGGGCACAGUGAGGGGGAACAAGCCUUUAGACCUCUCCCUCCAGGAUCAUAAAUACCUUUGCAAAGGAAAGAUGAAAGGUUUC